UCAUUUCGCAGAGAAAAAAAACCGCAGAGCAAAUGACAAGCGCAGGAUAAAAAGGUUUGUUAAGGAUUUCUAUGAUUUUCUAGGGUUUAGAUUUCCAGUUACCAAUUCAGCAGGAAUUAUCCGUGAGCCGAGAGAAAUUUCUCGGACGGUCAGAGAAAGAACAAGAACAUGAGAAACGAAGACCCCGAUAAUGUACCAAUAGCUUCCUCGAGCACCAGACUGAGGACCACGCCAGACCCGUUCUUGGUCGUUUGCAGAUGCUUCAGCCUCAUAACUGCUGUCACCGCGAUUCUCUGCAUUGCUGUCAAUAUCCUCUCCGCUGUUCGUUCGUUCAAGAACGAAGCUGAUAUAUUCGACGGGAUAUUUCGGUGUUAUGCUGUGGCUAUUGCAUUUUUCGUGGUUCUUGCGGAAACAGAAUGGGGAUUUAUCAUCAGAUUUUGGAAGGUAUUGGAGUACUGGGCUGGUAGGGGUAUGCUUCAGAUCUUUGUUGCUGUGAUGACAAGAGCUUUCCCUGAUUAUACUGCCAAGCAAAAGGAUCUCGUCCUUCUUCAAAAUAUAGCAAGCUAUAUGCUCCUUGCUUGUGGUGUAGUCUAUACUAUUUCGGGACUUCUAUGCAUUGGCUUUCUUAAACGUGCUAGGCAGCUGAAAGAAAUUUCGAGAGAGGAAGCAGUCAGGGAUCUAGAGGAAUUGGAGCGACGCAGAGCGGAACUUGAACAACUUCUGGUGCCAGAAAGAGCUUGAAAUGAUCCAUCUGAUCAGCAGGAAAAUCUUUGUUUACCAUACCACAGGAAAGUGGCUGCAAGUUGUUCGUCGGGUGUGUCAAAACUGUGUUUGGCCAAUUGUUUAGCUCUCACACCGAGUUUCUUAGAAACAUAAUACCUGAGGAGCAUGUCCAGGAUUGGGAAGAUGUAUAGCUUUGUGUGAAGACAUUUUUAUAAUUCUUUUAUAUUCUCUAUAUCAGGCAAUUGUUGAUUUUAAGUAAAAGAGGUCUCAGUUUCCCUGGCCCCUAAACAAAUCCUCCUUGUGUUUAAUUUUGAUUUUGAUAUUAACUUGUAUACCUUGGAAACUACUUAAUCAUAAGCA